AUUUUUAGCAAAACCCUCACACACACCACUCUGGUCUCUCUUCUCAGUCGCAAACCAUGGAUUCAAACGUUUCCUCAUCAUCAAAACAGCAAAAGCACCAAACUUUGCAACAAUCCUUCUCCAACAUACAAACCCAAUGCUCCGAUUUACUCAACAACCUUUCCAAAACCCUAAACCCUCUCUUCAACCCUUCUCCUCACCAUCCCAACAUCUUCUCUGCCCUCGAUUCCUUGCGCUCCCAAGCCAAGCAAGCUCUCGAUUCCCGCAUCUCUCGCUGUCACGCACGACCACCCGUCUGGGCGAGAAUCUCCGACGACGGCGGGAAGACUCAUUUAGAGGCGGCGGUGGCGGCUCCGGCUCGUCGAAGCAGUGGGUUGUCGGCUGAUGAUAUGGAGGAGAGGUUGGCGGGAGUGCCAGUCUACGCGCUGAGCAAUUCGAACGAGGAGUUUGUGUUGGUCUCGGGGACUUCGACAGGGAAGUCUCUGGGUUUGUUGUUCUGUAAGGAGGAAGAUGCGGAGGCGUUGCUUAGGCAGAUGAAGAUUAUGGACCCUCGGAUGAAGAAAGAAGGUUCCAAAGUUGUGGCUCUUGCUCUUAGUAAGGUGUUCCAGUUAAAAGUUAAUGGUGUGGCGUUUAGGUUGAUUCCUGAGUCUACUCAAGUUAAAAAUGCUCUCAAGGAAAGGAAAACAGCUGGUUUCACUGAUGACGACUUUAAUGGUGUUCCAGUUUUCCAGUCAAAGAGCUUGAUUCUACGUAGUGAUAACAAGAGUUAUCGCCCUGUUUUCUUCAGAAAGGAGGACUUGGAAAAAUCCCUGACACGAGCUUCCCGCCAACAGAACCGGCUUAAUCCUGCUUUGAAACCUGGAGACAUUCAGGUUGAAGUUUUUGAAGAAAUUGUCAAGGGGAUGAAGGAAAGCGCAACAUCAAACUGGGACGACAUUGUGUUUAUACCGCCUGGUUUCGAGGUUUCAGCAGAGGAAGCCAAGGAGUAGAGCAUCGUAAAACCCUAAACCAACCCUAAACCAUCUUUUGUGUACGCAUUACUUCUCCAUUUUCUUAUUUCCGAUCUCAUCACUCUACAACUUGAAGUAGACAAAGAGAGAUGUGUUCUAUGAUUUUGUAUAUGUCAACGGUUAAGCUAUGAAACCUUUUUAGACUUGUAAUGAAUACUAUUAAGUUAAUCAGUAUCUGCUUUAGA